UUCACGCAAAAUCAUGGCAGACGACGGGAGUGUGGCAAGAGCAAGAAACACACGAGAGGGGCCGGGGAAACUCUCCAAAUCAGAGAGGAAACUUGCUCGAAAACAGGCAAAAUCAAGGCAUACACUGCUAAGACAUGAGGGAAUCCAUGCAGCAAAGUUACCUACUAAACACUUGAUAGUCGGCAAUGGCGGUCUUGGUAAUGGGGUCAGUCGCAACGACCUCAAGCCUCUCUUCAGCCAAUAUGGUCAGCUGACAGACAUUGUUAUGUUGCCAGGGAAACCAUACAGCAUCAUCUGCUAUGCAUCAGUAGAGGAGGCAGUCAAGGCUCACGACUGCUUACAGGGAUGGCAACUCCGUCCACCUGAUGGACCCACUGCUGCUGUCAUACUGUAUCUCUCUUUCAUCAACGAAGUUCCACUACCUAAGAUGACAAGCGGCCAGCACAGCCUGCCUCCAGGGCUGAUCCUCCUUGAGAACUUCAUCGACGUUGAGACGGAGGCGGCACUGAUGGGAGAGAUGUUGUGGGAGCAAGGAGACCAAUCUGAAGAGGCGGUCCGGUCGACUCUGAAACACAGGAAAGUCAAGCAUUUUGGUUACGAGUUUAACUACGCCACCAACAACGUAGAUAAGGACAGUCCAAUCCCUGAACCGGUACCUCCUCUGUACGUGGACGUCAUCGACAGAAUUAUGGCAACGGGACUGGUUCAGAACAGGCCUGACCAGAUUACAGUCAAUGAGUACCAACCGGGACAAGGUAUACCUCCUCAUGUGGACACCCACUCGGCUUUCCAAGAAGCCAUCAUUUCUCUCAGCCUUGGCUCACAGGUCUUAAUGGAGUUUAGUAAUCCAACCACUGGCCGCCAGGUUCCAGUUUUUCUGCCGCGACGCAGUCUUCUUAUCAUGACUGGAGAAGCCAGAUACCUCUGGUCACAUGGGAUUACUCCAAGAAAGAGUGACGUCAUUCCGGCUCACGUCGAUUUGACCAAUGGCAGCCCGGCGUCUCAUGACGUCACAGAGAACGACGACGGACUUACGCUGUUGCAUCGUGGGGUCAGGAGGUCGCUGACCUUCAGAGCUGUCAGGGGAGCUCCGUGUCACUGUGCUUACCCAAGUCGCUGUGACACGCGGCUCAGCUCUGCAAACUCCGACCCCCUCGCUGCAUCUCCAGCCGCCCCCUCCCUGCCGACCUCUGACCUCCAGGCCCUGCAUCUAGAGACCACCCAUGUCCAUCAGGUCUAUGACACCAUCGCCGGUCACUUCAGCCAGACCAGGCACAAGCCCUGGCCCCGGGUCCUAGAAUUCCUACAAUCUCUGCCGGCUGGGAGUGUUAUGCUUGACGUCGGUUGUGGAAAUGGUAAAUAUCUGGAUGGAAACCCGAGCGUAUUUUCGAUUGGUUGUGACCGGAGUGUCAAGCUAGUUGAGAUCUGUAAGGAGCGGCAUUUCCAGGCGUUCAGCUGCGACGGUUUGAAUCUGCCAAUCAGGAGCUCCAGCAUGGAUGCCUGCAUCUGCAUUGCCGUCAUACAUCACUUCUCGACUCAGAAUCGUCGGCUGGCAGCCGUCAGAGAGAUGGCCCGUGUGCUGAGGCCAGAAGGUCUGGGGCUUAUCUACGUGUGGGCCAAGGAACAAGAGAAAGACAGGAAGAAAUCCCACUACAUCAGCAACGCAACUCACAAGAAGAAAAAGAGCGCUCUGACCGCAGUGGCUGACGGGAUAGACAAAGACGACACUGGGCUGUGCCAGGAUGAAGAAUUGAAAGACGACAGACCAAAAAGAAGUGUGGAUAUUCAACAAUCUGAACGAUUGUCGACAGAAGACGAGACAUCUAAUUGCCGUAACGUUCCGUCGGGUUGCCUUUCCAUGAACGCUGCUUCAACUGAUCACACUAGAACUGAAGUAGAACAUUGUACCAUGACUAGUGAAUUUCAAAAUCCACUUGGACCUGACGAAACACUUGAAUCAAAUGCUUCUCCAUCACUUUCUGGAGAUAGCGGUGCCAGUAGUGAACGUCCGGAAUUCACGAGUGACAAAUCAAGCGUACAACCAAAAGGUGCAAGUACGCUUUUAUCGAUACACAAAAACCGGACAGAGUUUGAAAGCCAGGACAUGCUGGUCCCCUGGCACCUCAAAAAGCAGCCCAGCAAAAAAGACAGCUGCGCACCCCUGCAGGAGAAUGGUCCAGCCGGGGAGGAUGAUUCCCCAGUGUACCACAGGUUCUACCAUGUGUUCCAUGAAGGGGAGUUGGAGGAACUGUGCGGGCUGGUUGACCGGGUGGAAAUCAAAAGCUCACAUUAUGACCAAGGAAAUUGGGGCAUUGUCAUUAGGAAGUUGUAGGUUAUAACAUGAUUGCUUGCCAGGACAGAAACACAGCACUCUACACUGAUGCUUUUGCCGAAUGGAAGUACAGAUGCCAUAAACCGUUAAUUAUUAUAAUAAGCCAUUAAUUUAAUAAUAAAUGGCACACUGGCUCAGAUCAAGAGCAUGCGCAAUGUUUAAAAGCUAACCUAUUGAAAUCUGAAACUAUGCUUUCUGCGAUGCUUGUUUCAAAAUCUAUAACAUUUAACUUUAAGUAAAAAUCUACACAGUAUAAAUAAUAUGAGGUUUAAUAAAAUGCAAGAACUAUUUUAGCAAAUAAGUGUCUACAAGUUGCAAGUUCUGAUUUCAUUUCCUUGUUUCUAACAAAUUAACAAUUGUCGCUAACAAAUUGGGAGACUCUUAGGUUAAAAAGAAUACAAAAAAAUCUUUUAUCAUCCAACGGCAUCAUUGCAUUGACUGGAUUAAGAUAAGCCAUUACAGAAAAGGAGUUGAAAUCUGCUACAAUUUAAAAUAAAUAUUUUUCUCUAGAGCAAUAACCAUACAAUUUUAUACAUGUACAUGUUUUGUAACAAACUACUGCAACCGUAACAAAACAGUUUAACUCUAA